UGCGCUAGCUGCUGGUCGGCCCUCGGCUGCGCUGCGCGGAGCCGGCGCGGGGAGGGGGGAACCGGGGAACCCGGCAGGGCCGGGGCCGGAGCCAGGCUGGGCCGGGGCCGGAAUGCCCCUGUUCUUCGCCGCGGUGUUGGCCCUGCUGUUGGUUGCGUUUGGUGCCCUCUUCCUAGGCCGGUGGCUUCUGGUUCGGUUUGCCACCAAGUGGUGUCAACGGAAGCUACAAGCAGAGCUAAAGAUUGGCUCCCUUUUUUGGAUCCAGAAUGUCAGUCUUAAGUUUCAGCAGCACCAACAGACAGUGGAAAUUGAUAGCCUGUGGAUUUCCAGCAAGCUCUUCAGCCAUGAUCUGCCACACUAUGUGGCAUUGUGCUUUGGAGAAGUACGUAUCAGAACAGACCUGCAGAAGGUUUCUAGCCUGUUUGCUCCAUUCUCCCAGAGGACAGGGGUGCCUCAAAAGGAACUGUCCUUUAGCCCAUCCUUGUUGAAGAUCUUCUGUCAGCUUUUCUCCGUUCACGUAGAUUCUAUAAACAUUAUGGUUCUCAAGGUGGCAACUUCUGAGUCCCUGUGGCAUAUUCAGAUUAGAGAAAGUAGCUUUCUUCUGGAUAGUGAUGGGAAAAGGUUAAAAUGUGAGGUCAGUCUAAGUCAGAUCAACAGCAAAGUCUUAAAGAGUGGCCAGUUGGAGGACACCUGCCUUGCAGAGCUCUCACUGGCCGUAAAGCUGUGUCUAGAGAUGGGCAUCAAUAGUCGGCAACUGAAGGCAAUCACUUUGGAUGUGUGGACACUCCACGCUGAACUACAUGAGGGCCUCUUCCAUAGCCAGCUAUUGCGCCAGGGCCCCAGCCUGGCACCCAAGCCUGUUUCCAUCUCAGAGGUGACAGAGAAUUUGGCUGAGCCAACUCUACCUGGUCUGUACCUCCUUCAGCAGCUGCCAGACCAGGUCAAGGUGAAGAUGGAGAUCACAAGUGUGGUACUGUCCAUGAAUAGUCAAAAGAGGCACUUGAAUUGGACCCUGAAGCUGCUGCAUUUCCUGUACCACCGUGAUGAGGAUCAGCUACCUCUUCGAAGCUUCACUGCAAACUCUGAUAUGGCACAGAUGAGCGCUGAACUCCUACUGAAAGAUGGGUUGUUGCUGUCCCAGAGCCGCCAGCGCAUCGUCUGCCUCAACUCCCUCAAGGCUAGCGUACAGGUGACUACCAUUGACCUCUCAGCAUCCCUGGUUCUCAACACUUGCAUUAUCCAUUACCGGCACCAGGAAUUCUCUCACUGGCUGCACAUGCUAGCACUAGAGACCCAAGGGUCUGCUUCAUCUGUUCUUCAGCAAAGGAAAAAGAGAAUCUUCCCCCAAAUCCUGGCUCCCAUCAUCGUUAGUACUUCCAUCUCCAAUGUCAACAUCUCCAUUCAGCUUGGAGAUACACCACCUUUUGCCUUAGGAUUCAAUUCCAUCUCUCUGGAUUAUCAGCACUUAAGGCCACAGAGUAUCCAUCAGCGAGGCGUUCUAGCCGUAGACCAUCUCUGCUGGCGAGUGGGCAGUGACUCCCACAUUCAGCGGGCACCCCACCCACCCAAUAUGCAUGUUUGGGGUGAAGCACUUGUCUUGGACUCUUUCACUCUACAGGGUAGUUAUAAUCAGCCUCUGGGCCUGUCUAGCACCCAGUCAGAUACUCUCUUUCUUGAUUGUACUAUCCGAGGACUGCAAGUGGAAGCAUCAGACACCUGUGCCAAAUGUCUUUCUCGGAUCUUAUCCUUGAUGGGCCCACAAUCUGGGGAGAUAUCUAGUUCUAGAGAAUCUUCCUUUGGGGAGUCUGUGUCAUUACUGUGGAAGGUGGACUUGAAGGUGGAGGACAUGAACUUGUUCACCCUUUCUGCCCUGGUUGGUGCUUUGGAGGUCCGACUGGACACACUGACUGUCCUGGGCAGUGCUGAAACAUCUACCAUGGGUAUUCAAGGACUUGUGCUUGCUCUGGUGAAGUCAGUCACAGAGAAGAUGCAGCCAUGUUGCAAGGCUCCUGACAUCCCCGCUCCAGUGCUCAGCCUUUCCAUGCUCUCCAUCUCCUAUCACAGCAGUAUUCGAUCCCUAGAGGUUCAGUGUGGUGCAGGACUCACCGUUCUCUGGAGCCCCCCAGAUCACAUGUAUCUGUACCAGCAUGUCCUGACCACGUUGGAGAGCCGUGAGCUACUAAGAACUACUCUGUUUCCCGAGACUGUUCCCCUCCUUGAAUUAGAGUGUCCUGGGACUGUUUGUGAGCCAGAAAGCCAUCCCCCAGAGCCGCCUCCUCCAAAGCGACUGCUAACCUUAACACUGGAAGUGAGCACAGCCAAACUCACCGCUUUUGUAGCUGAGGACAAGUUCAUUACCCUGGCAGCAGAGAGUGUGUCACUGAGCCGGCAUGGAGGUUCACUGCAGGCUUACUGCCCAGAGCUGGCUGCAGGCUUUGAUGGCAAUAGCAUUUUCAACUUCAAGGAAGUGGAGUUGCAGCUGCUACCUGAGCUAGAAGAGAUGAUCCUCCACCGGAACCCCUUCCCUGUGCUGCAGACCCUUCGGAACCGUGUUUGGCUCCUCUCCCUGGGCUCCGUGUCAGUGGAGUUUCCUUACCAGUAUGACUUUUCUCGAACUCUCGAUGAGGCUGUGGGAGUGCAGAAAUGGCUCAAGGGGCUGCAUCAAGGAAUUCAUGCUCAAGCCUCUGCCGGUCCUGCUCCACUCCCACCCGAUCUACUCUUGAAGGUUCAGCACUUCUCAUGGGUUUUCCUGGAUGACGUUUUUGAAGUGAAACUCCGCGAUAACUAUGAACUGAUGAAGGAUGAGAGUAAGGAAAGUGCCAAAAGACUGCAGCUGCUGGACGCUAAGGUGGCUGCCCUUCGGAAGCAACAUGGGGAGUUACUGCCAGCCCGAAAAAUUGAGGAGCUCUAUGCCUCCUUGGAACACAAAAACAUUGAAAUUUACAUCCAGCGCUCCCGUCGUCUCUAUGGCAACACACCCAUGCGCCGGGCACUGCUCACUUGGAACCUGGCAGGCCUUGAGCUGGUGGCUCUAGCAGAUGCCUCCUUCCAUGGGCCUGAGCGUGUGAUAGAGCAGGUCCUAGAACUUGAUCCAGGCAGCCCGUUUCCUGCAGAGGGAAUAGACCUUGUCAUUCAGUGGUGUCGCAUGCUCAAGUGCAAUGUUAAGACUUUCCUGGUUCGAAUAAGGGACUAUCCUCGAUACCUGUUUGAGAUCCGUGACUGGAGGUUAGUGGGUCGACUUGUAGGUACUGAGCAGAGUGGUCAACCUUGCUCCCGCCGGCGUCAAAUCUUGCAGUUGGGACCUCCAUGGGGUAACGUGGCAGUAGAGCGGAAUAUGCCUCCACUGAAGUUUUACCAUGACUUCCACUCUGAAAUCUUCCAGUACACAGUGGUAUGGGGCCCAUGUUGGGAUCCAGCGUGGACAUUGAUUGGCCAAUCUGUAGACCUUUUGACUAAGCCCUCAGCUGAUCCUAGCCCACCAUUGCCCUGGUGGGACAAGAGUCGCCUUUUAUUCCACGGAGAUUGGCACAUGGAUAUUGAACAAGCGAACCUGCACCAGCUGGCUACCGAGGAUCCAUACAACACUACAGAAAAUAUGCACUGGGAGUGGAGCCACCUGUCUUUUCAUUGGAAACCUGGUCAGUUUGUGUUCAAUGGUGACUUGGAUGUCAACGUGAGAACAGCCUCUAAGUAUGAUGACUGCUGCUUCCUUCACCUGCCUGACCUCUGCAUGACACUGGACCUGCAGUGGCUAUGCCAUGGGAACCCCCAUGAUCACCAUGGUGUCACUCUGUGGGCCCCAGAAUUCCUUCCUGAGGUGCCCUUAGGCCAACUUCAUGAUUCCUACCGAGCCUUUCGCUCUGAAAACCUCAAUCUCUCUAUCAAGAUGGAUCUGACUCGGCACAGUGGAACAAUAUCUCAGCCCCGAAUUCUGCUAUAUAGUAGUACACUGCGCUGGAUGCAAAACUUCUGGGCAACUUGGACUAGUGUUACAAGACCUAUCUGCAGGGGAAAGCUCUUCAAUAAUCUGAAACCCAGCAAGAAGAAACUCAGCCAGCACUAUAAACAGCUCUCCUAUACUGCGCUCUUUUCCCAGCUGCAGGUGCACUACUGGGCCUCGUUUGCUCAGCAGCGGGGCAUCCAGACUGAGUGCAGUCAGGGCCAUGUCUUCACUCGGGGAACGCAGCGGCUUAUACCUCAAGCGGGCACAGUGAUGAGACGCCUCAUCUCUGACUGGAGUGUGACCCAGAUGGUUAGUGACCUAAGUCAGGUGACUGUUCACUUGAUGGCCUCACCUGGUGAAGAGAACACUGAUCACUGCCUGGACCCCUUGGUAACGAAGACACACCUAUUGAGCCUAUCCUCCCUUACCUACCAGCGGCACAGCAAUCGCACAGCUGAGGAGGAUCUCUCUACUCAAGUUGGGGACCCUGCCUUUCACACACAUCAGCUGCACUUAGUAGAUUUACGGGCUUCCUGGACAACUACUAAUCGAGACAUUGCUUUUGGUUUAUAUGAUGGCUACAAAAAGGCAGCUGUACUCAAACGGAAUCUCUCUACUGAAGCCCUAAAGGGUUUAAAGAUUGAUCCCCAGAUGCCUGCCAAAAAACCAAAACAGACCAGUGUCCAGACCAGUGCCCCAGCACCACCUCCUGUCAGCACUCCCAGCUUUAGUGAACAGCCUGACAAGGGGUCAACAGGAGGUGCCUACAUGUUGCAGAAGCUUAUUGAAGAGACAGAUAAGUUUGUAGUAUUCACAGAAGAGGAGUCAGGUGUGAGUGACCAGUUGUGUGGCAUUGCUGCCUGCCAGACUGAUGAUAUAUAUAAUCGAAACUGCCUUAUUGAGCUCGUCAACUGCCAGAUGGUUCUUCGUGGAGCAGAAACAGAAGGCUGUGUCAUUGUGUCAGCUGCCAAAGCCCAGCUGCUUCAGUGCCAACACCAUCCAGCCUGGUAUGGCGAUACAUUAAAGCAAAAGACAUCUUGGACUUGUCUUCUGGAUGGCAUGCAGUACUUUGCCACCACUGAAAGCAGUCCCACUGAGCAGGAUGGUCGGCAGCUCUGGUUAGAGGUGAAGAAUAUCGAGGAACAUCGGCAGCGUAGUCUGGAUUCUGUUCAGGAGCUCAUGGAGAGUGGGCAGGCAGUAGGAGGCAUGGUCACCACCACCACAGAUUGGAACCAGCCGGCUGAAGCACAACAAGCCCAGCAAGUCCAGCGAAUCAUUUCACGCUGCAACUGCCGAAUGUACUAUAUCAGUUACAGCCAUGACAUUGAUCCUGAGCUGGCAACUCAGAUUAAGCCACCUGAGGUUCAUGAGAACCAGGAAAAAGAAGAUCUCCUAAAGAAGCAGGAAGGCGCUGUAGAUACCUUCACCCUUAUCCAUCAUGAGCUUGAAAUCUCCACCAACCCCGCUCAGUAUGCCAUGAUCCUGGACAUCGUCAACAACCUGCUGCUCCAUGUAGAACCUAAGCGGAAGGAGCACAGUGAGAAGAAACAGAGGGUCAGGUUUCAGCUGGAGAUCUCCAGCAAUCCCGAGGAGCAGCGCAGCAGCAUAUUACACCUGCAGGAGGCGGUGCGGCAACAUGUGGCUCAGAUCCGGCAGCUGGAGAAGCAGAUGUACUCUAUCAUGAAGUCUCUGCAGGAUGACAGCAAGAAUGAGAACCUACUUGACCUGAACCAAAAACUUCAAUUGCAGCUAAAUCAGGAGAAGGCCAAUCUACAACUGGAAAGCGAAGAGCUUAAUAUCCUCAUCAGGUGCUUUAAGGAUUUUCAGUUACAGCAGGCCAACAAGAUGGAAUUGAGAAAGCAACAGGAAGAUGUUAGUGUGGUUCGUCGUACUGAGUUCUAUUUUGCUCAAGCACGCUGGCGCCUGACAGAGGAAGAUGGACAGCUGGGAAUUGCUGAACUAGAGCUGCAGCGGUUCCUCUAUAGCAAGGUGAAUAAGUCUGAUGACACAGCAGAACACCUUCUGGAAUUGGGCUGGUUCACUAUGAAUAACCUCCUUCCUAAUGCUGUCUACAAGGCAAUCCUACGGCCCCAGAGCUCCUGCCAGUCUGGGCGACAGCUGGCUCUGCGCCUCUUCAGUAAAGUCCGACCCCCUGUUGGAGGUAUCUCUGUUAAGGAGCAUUUUGAGGUAAAUGUGGUGCCUCUCACCAUCCAGCUGACACACCAGUUCUUCCAUAGAAUAAUGGGCUUUUUCUUUCCUGGCCGAAGUGUGGAAGAUGAUGAGGUUGGUGAUGAAGAAGAUAAAUCCAAACUGGUGACUACUGGAAUUCCAGUAGUUAAGCCUCGGCAGCUGAUUGCAGCAGAUGACGCUACAUCCCUGGGCCCUGGGAAGGGUGUGACACAGGGCUUGAACCGGAGUUCGGGGGUCAGAAGGUCAUUUCGCAAAGCACCUGAGCACCCUGUGGAUGAUAUUGACAAGAUGAAAGAGCGAGCUGCCAUGAACAAUUCCUUUAUCUAUAUAAAGAUUCCACAAGUUCCACUGUGUGUGAGCUACAAGGGUGAGAAGAACAGUGUGGACUGGGGUGACCUUAACCUGGUCCUCCCCUGUUUGGAAUACCACAACAACACAUGGACAUGGCUAGACUUUGCCAUGGCUGUUAAGAGGGACAGCCGCAAAGCCCUGGUUGCCCAGGUAAUCAAAGAGAAACUAAGGCUGAAGCCUGCGACAGGUUCUGAGGUUCGGGGGAAACUCGAAACUAAAUCAGACCUCAACAUGAAACAGCAGGAAGAGGAAGAGAAAGCUCGGCUCCUCAUCGGUUUAAGUGUGGGCAACAAGAACCCUGGCAAGAAGUCCAUCUUUGGCAGACGCAAGUGAUCCUGCAAUCCAGGGGUGGCUGCAGUAUAGGCUCUGACUGAUGACUCAGACCCCAGAGACUUUUGGGGUGGGAGGCACUUUGCUUCAUCCAUUAGGAUUUGUGGGGUUCAGGAGCCUACAUACUAUUGUGGAGAAAGGCAUUGCUCUUCAGCUGCUGACCUGUUUCCUGCUGAGCGUGGUGGAUAAUAAUGCUGAGUUCUACCUCACACUGAUCGGCUGGCCCAAGCCCAGAGGGGACGUCAAAAGAACAAGAUCCAGGGGAUAGACCCAGGGCAAGGAUAUGGUUCCUUUGGGGUCAGCUGAAAGAGGGGACAUGGGGGGACAGACCUGAUCAAGUGUGGUAAAUUUUUAUAAACAGACAUAUAUAUAUAAUAUAUAUCUAUAUAUCUAUGUGUAUAUAUAGAUAUUUCUAAGUAUAACUGUUCUCCUUCUGUGCCAGAAAGCUAAGGAUGGAGGUCAGGGCCUGAUCUGUCCUCAUCCACUGCCUUGUAUGAAGGAGAUAGUAGUGUUGGGGGAGGGGCCAGCCUCUCCUCAAUCUGUGCCAAGCUUAUUUGGGAGAGUGGCAGUAGGAGCCAGGGCUGGCCAUGGGUUCCCCUGGGGUAUGCCCUGGAGAUUGAUAAGACAAUGAUUUAAAGAGAAAAAUAUAUUUUAAAUUGGA